AUGGAAUUAGACUCUCUCAAGGUGGUCCGACGUCUUGAAUCAGCAGGGAUUACAUCAAAACAAGCUGAAGUCAUUGGUACAACCAUUAUGGAGGUGAUCAAAGACAAGGAUUCUGAAUCUAAUCUAGUAUCAAGGGAUGAGGAGCAUCUAACCUCCAAGGUGAAAGACGAGUUUCUAAAACUUUGUCGUGAAGCUGAAAAGAUGACUCAUGAUCUUGAGCAGGAGAUUGAGAGGCCUUCUUAUACCAAAGAUGCACAAGAUCGUGCAACAAAUGUGGAAACCAGGAAUGAGUUGUACAAACAGGCGGAUGCACUCAACAACUUGGAUGACAAAAUCGAUCUGAGUUUUUUGGAAUUGGAAGACAAAAUUGAUGGAGAGAAGUCUAAACUUUUGAAAGCAUGUUUGGCUGUGGUAGCUAACAUUGGUGUUCGAGCCAUUUGGAUUUACUGGAAGUGA